AUGUGUCGGGAGUUUUUCAUCGAAAUGGUUCUUGACCGCGCUGGUCCGAAGGCCAACGACAAGGAUCUGAAGCCCGCGAAGGAUGCCACGGUGAAACGCGUGAAUAUGGGCCGGGACACCUCUGGCUCCAUCCAAAACAUGCCCGAAGGCAGAAGUUUCCUGGUGAGGAUCAUUGGCAAACUGCAAGUUGGCAAGGAAGUCUACAGCCCAUGGACCAGAGCCAUCACAUUGAGUCCGAAGACUCGUGACAAGGAUCUGGGGAAUUUGGACCCAAUGAACAUGCCACGCAUGAAUUGCAACAACUGCCCGUGUGCGUGCUAUGUUCCGUUCCGUUGGGGCUUAAACUCUCCAGGGAGGCUGAGAUGCAGGCGUUGCGGCUGUCACCAUACUGAACAUCAGAUGGUGGAAGUGGGCGAAAUUUUGAAGGCUCGGGAGGUGAAGGCCAAAUCCUCCAUGGGCUGCGAUGUGACACCACUGCCACAAGAAGCCUUGGAUUGGGAUGAACGAGAGUGUUCCAUGUGGUUUUGCUCCAGCGGGACUGUUCACCCGCGGCAGAUUCUUCAAUCUCGGUCGAAGCCAAAGAUGGAUGAAGUCAAAGGCCGUGUGUCCAUCGUGACACCUACAACUGAAAGCAGACACAAGUUCCAUGAGCAGCUGUACCGGUGCUUUGACGCUCAAACAUGGCCUGACAAGGAGCUGGUGAUUGUGGAGACCUACACCGGCUCGCCCUCAGAGUUUUUCGCCCAGAAGGCCCAAACGGAUUCCAGAGUGGUGUAUGUAAAGUUCAAGCGCCCCGUUGGGAAUGACUUCAGCAUUGGCCUGAAGAGGAACGUUGGGACGCACUUGGCUUCGGGUGAAGUGAUUGCCAGCUUCGAUGAUGAUGAUCUUUACGCACCAUCCUAUUUGGACACCAUGGUCAAUGCCCUGCAAGAUAGACGAGCACUUGCUGUGAAGCUGUCCAACUGGUACGUUUAUCACAUAGACACUGACACGUGGAGUUUUUGCGACCCCAUUGCAUGGGGCCUCACGAAAGGGCUGGACGAAAGCUCGGACAAGGUAAAGAGCUGGGCCUAUGGUUAUGGCUUCUCCUAUGUCUACCGAAGACAGUGCGGCCUCGACCUAUGGUAUGGCAACAUCAACCUUGGCGAGGAUUUUAACUUCAUGAUGCAAUUGCAGCUCCGGAGAGGUGAACGAAGUGUGCAUUUGGUUCCAGAUGACUUCGGAAUGUGCCUGCAUGUGCAGCAUGGAGGCAACACAUCCAACUCCAUUCCGGUGCGGCAGGUGCCAGACUCUGAAGCCAUGGACUUGGAUAUCAUGGAGCUGAACCAGUGGAUGCACGCGUCAGGUCCAGCAGGUCGAGCCCUUGCUCGAGCCAUAGGACGCAGCAAGACUUCUGGCAACAAGCAGGUGGCAUGCCACUUGCCAGAUGCCAAGUACCUCAUUGAGGACCCACCCAAAGCGACCGUGAAUGACUUGUUGAAAAAUCUUGAAGAUCAGCUUCGGCUCCCCUGCGAUGCCUACAAGGUUUAUAGAGUGCCUCCACCGGUGGCCUUUGGGUCAGGGAGACUGAUCUACCCAGAGGAACGUCGUGACCAGAUCGCUGCGGAUGUGCUGGGAAUCUCUUUCCUUGCGAAGCUCCCGGGAGCUGAGGAAAAUCUCCAGCCACACACCAAGUCUGGGCAGCAAUGGUGCAAGCUGACAAAGGCAGCCCAGCAAUCUCUCCGAGGCACAGACCGACUGGGCCCACGGGUCGAAGAGGUUUGGGUGCUUCCACCUGAGCAAGCAGCUGCAGCCGGACUUAGCACUGGAGAGGAAACCUGGGAGGAGGAAGACAAGGUGGCCAGUGCAGCAGCUGAGGAGGAGAGCAAGAAGUUCUUCAUCACGCGUGUGACCUGCCAAAGCUCUACAGUGAAGAAAUUCUUCACCACAAAGCAGUCCUUCGGGGUCUACCUUCCGAAAGGCGCAACUGUCAGCGAGCUAAGAUGGGUGCUUGGAAGACACCUUCCGGCUGAGGCGCGAGUUCUGUGCCAGCGCCAAGGGCGGGACAUCCAGGUGAUGCAAGAAACCGACCAGGUGCCAGAGGAGAUCUCCGUGUCUGACUUCAGAGGGCCACGUAGUUUCUACAUGCGCUUUAGCCACAAGCAAUGUGCCAUCGUUCUGCGCUUCAUGCGGUCAUUCUUCAAGAAUCCGGAGAAUCAGAAGCGCUUGGACGAGUUUGAAGCCAGCGCCAAAGGAAGCGGCCAUGAUUACCGCGCGCAGUUGGUUCAGUUGUUGGCGCAUGAAGUCUAUCCAAGGAUUUACCAGAAGCUGCACGUGCCAGUGAUGGAUGACUUGGAUGGACCAAAGCUUAUGCUGGAAGCCAUGUCAAAUGUUUCGGGUAGCACUUUGGAGGUGGUAGAGCUGUGGCUGGAAGUCGAAUUGCUGAUGCGGAACCAGGCAUCGGCUCAAAGUGCCCUUGCCGCAGUGCAAUUCUUCCGUGACCAGGCUAAGUCUCAGCAAGUUUCAAAGCCUACAGAGCAGCCGUCUUACGAAAACAUCCGCGAUGCAGUGCAAGUUGCUAGACAAUUUGAGCAGAGCAACGGUCAAGGAUCGACCGCGAAGGCAGAGUCCCCCCGCAAGGAAGCUUCCGCGUCAGAGCCGGGUUCGAAGCCUUCAGAGCCUUUGGUCCACACAGAGGAAUCUUCGCCACCAAAGAAUGGCAACGGCUCGGCUGAUGCCGCUGCGGUGCUUCAGAGCGAUGCUUCGCCUCCAACUGCAGUUGCAGGGUUUGAGCAGCGCCCAGCUCCAGUGGAGGAAACUCCGGUUGCUGCAGCUGGUGAACAGGAUACUGAAGGCGCUGAAGGCACCUCAGGGCCUAUCAAAGCUGCGCAUUUGCCACCCAAUGGCGAUAGAGUCCCUGCAGGAUCAAAAGAGACUUCCGGGUCUCCAAGAACCUAUUCAUCCCUGCUCGAUUGGAAUGCUUUGGAGAAGAUGGAAGGCGAUUUGUCCAACCAGGCCGACAAGAAAGAGAAGGAGCAUGUGGAAUCUCCGAACGACGAGGUUCAUGUUUCUACCGAUGGAUAUCCCACCGAGCCUGCUGACGAAUCUGUGGCCAGCGCUGGCCACAAGCCCAGUGGUCUCAAUGGGAUGAAGGCACCGCUGACCUUGGCAGGGCCCAGCCCUGGAGAGCCCACCAAGGAGGAAACCGAGACAACAGUAGCUUUGCAAGUUCGUCAUGGUACACAGCAAGGUGAGGUGACCCUACGUGUGCCCGCCUCAAGUACCAUGCUCCAGAUAAAGGAGGCAUUGAUUCGUUGUACUGGACGGCGUGCUGAAGCAAUUCACCGCAUGCAGCUGGUGGAAAAGACAGGAAAUACCUUCAAGCAGUUCGAGGAUUCAAUGAUCUUGGGUGAGCGCCGAGAGAUCUUGGUCCUUGGACUGGCUUUAGCUGCUCACAACAGCCCGUCCGCAAUGGCCUACGCUUCAGUGGACAUCUCUGUUUCAAAUCCAUUGUCCAGUGAUGCCGUCACAGUGAGGCUGCCAGAAAUUUCAACCAUCAAAGAUGUGCGAGCAGCGCUCAGACAAAGAUCUGUGCCACAGGAGUUUCAAUUCCUGCUCGAUGCUGGCGCCCCAUUGUAUGUUUACGCUCAUCCUUUGGGUGAGCCAUUGAACGAGAGUGAGCCCGAGGUUAUGGCUGGUAUCCUGUACCCAGUGUUGGUCUUGGGCGGCCUCUAUGCCAAUUAUUUCUCCACCAAGGAACUGGAUGACAUCUCGACCUUGGAGAAAACGAGGCGGCCCUUGAGCGACUUUUGGAGCGGCAUUUGUGUGGGUGUCAUCAUAGGAGUGUGGGCUGGCAUCAACUACGGCCCAUCUUUGAAGUAUGCCUGGGAAACGCUCGACUGGGUGCCUCCCCUUGCUGCAGUUUCCUGUUUCUGUCACUAUCUGUCACUGCUUCAUUUGCUCUUCUUGGGGAGGCGUGGUUGGAUAGGAUAUCCUGGAGGUUUGUCCUCGACAUUGUACUGA